CAACAAACGAGUCUCCCAGUCCCUGCCCCACACCCAACUCAAGUCUCAUCCUCAACCGCGGAUUUCUUUGCUAUUGUUCACACCUUUACCUUAUAUAUCUUCAACAAUUGGCAAACAUGAGGCUGAAACUCAAGUUUUUAAAUCUUUCACAAAUCACAACUUUUGGGUAUUUAUUUAUUUUUUUUGGGGUUUUCUUCAUAAACAUCCAAACAUUUUUUGACAAUUUAUAAAAUUUAAUAUUUUAGUUUGGUGGAUCCAUUAUUCUUCACAAAAAUUAUAUUUAUUUAAUUAAUAAAAGCUUCAAUCUUCCAAUUUUAUUUUGCCAGAUCCUUUUUUGUGUAUGGUUAUACUUAGAUAUUGUUAAAAUAUAAAUUUUAAUUCUAUAGAAAAAAACAUUUCUUCUGGUUCUUGUUUUAGGAAAGAGGACAUUUUGCCCUCAAACGUCCUCAUCCACUGUGGCAUCCUUAUCUCUUUAUCACAAAACUCAUCUACUUUUAUCACCAAUUUUUUCAAUAUCUUCCUCUUUCUGCACUCUUCUCAAUCUUGUGACAAUUAUUGUUUCUGGGUUUGAGAGUUAAUUGCCAAAAUCCCAUGAAAAAAUCCCUCCUUUUUCAUUUUGGGGGGAUUUUAGUGAUAAAAUUGUAAUCUUUUAUCAAAAUUAGGUUUUGGGUUUUGCGUCAUUUGUUGGGAUUAGGGGUUUAAAUGGGAUUGUUUGAUGCAUUUUGGGGAAUAUUAGAGCUACCCACAUCAAUUGAAGGUGGGUUAAUGAUAGAUAGUAUGGUGUUUAUUACUCCAAUUUGGACUGCUUUUCUUGUUGGUCUUGUAAUUGGAUGGAUAUGGAAACCAAAGUGGUUGGAAAGUUUGGACAAAAAUAAGUUUGAAUCUUUAAUGUCAAAAAUUGUGGACUUUUCUGCUCCAUCUUCUCCUUCAAAAGUGCUUCCUUCUAUUCAAAGCUUCACUCCAUUUACCAUGAAAUCGGCUGGUGAAGAAAUUAUCUCAGUUAAUGAGACUUUAUCCUUAAAACCCACUUUUGCUGAUUCCAGCUUCAGGUCAUCAAAGCAGCUAAAAGGGGAGGAGAAUCCUGUUGUAAAUAAUGAUGAUCUGGUGCAUCUUUUUAAGCUUGUUGAGGAGAAAGAUGGAGGUCCUUCUUGGAUACAAAUGAUGGACCGCUCUACCCCAACCAUGAACUAUAGAGCUUGGUGGCGAGACCCUGAGACUGGUCCUCCUCAGUAUCGUAGUAGUACAAUUUUUGAAGAUGCAAUACCUGAGAUGGUACGAGACUUCUUCUGGGAUGACGAAUUUCGACCAAAAUUUGAUCCUAUGCUCAUACAUUCUGAAACUCUUGAAAAGUCUCAUACCACCGGAACCAUGGUUGUGCAAUGGGUUCGAAAGUUUCCGUUCUUCUGCAGUGACCGAGAGUACAUUAUUGGCCGCAGGAUAUGGGAGUGUGAAAGAACAUUUUACUGUGUGACGAAGGGAAUACCUAAUUCUGUGCCACGAAAGGACAAGCCAAGACGUGUGGAUCUGUAUUAUUCAAGUUGGUGUAUUCGCCCAGUGGAAUCCAGGCGAACUGGAGAGAUGACAGCAGUAGAAGUGCUCCUUUUUCAUCAUGAAGACAUGGGUAUCCCAUGGGAAAUUGCGAAGCUUGGCGUGCGGCAAGGGAUGUGGGGAGCUGUUAAGAAAAUCGAUCCAGGUCUACGUGUUUAUCAGAAAGCAAGAGCAUCCGGCACACCCCUUUCACCCCACGCGGAAAUGGCCCAUAUCACCACAAAAGUGGACCCGCAAUAUCUGAGGUCUUUGUUGAAUGGCGAUGAUCAGUCAGUCACUGAAUCAACAACUCCCGAGGAGAAACAGCAAGGUGGGAUGAACGUUCCAAAGCUCCUCGUAUUUGGUGGGGCAGCUGCUCUUGCUCUUAGUCUCGACAAAGGGUUUCUAACAAAAGCAGUUGUCUUCGGAGUUGCACGAAGACUUGGAAGAAUAGGAGGCAGAUUUAACUAGAGGUGCUCUAAUGAGGUAGACUUGACAUUCCUAUAUCGUGUUGUAACCUUUGUGUCACCUGUACAGAAAAACGAUCCCAAACACCCUCCGACCCCAUCACAAAACCCGAAAAGAAAAAAACACUUAGAAGUCAGAAACAAACGAGUUUUGCAUUUGUACGACGUAGCGUGAAGCUACAAAGAGCAGAACAUCAAGUUGUAUAUUUCCAGGGAUUCGUUCUUUUGUCUUUAAUGUUAUCGCUGCUAGCUGAGUAGCCAUUUCUUGA